GGACAUACAUCUCUCCGUCUCUCCGAACUGUUGGUUGGCAACUGGUGCUAUAAAAGGAAGCGCGACUGACAUCUUCAAACAGUAAGUCGUCGACUUUCGGUGGAUUAUUCUGGUGUAUGUAUGAAGAGCCAACAGAUUUUUAAGCAUCGAUCGUUUCUAAAAUGUUGUUUCACUUGCUGCUAGUUACCAUGUUGUCGUACCUCAUUGCUGCAUAUCCGCAAGAUUCGAAUAAGAUAUCCCAGGCAGAUGGUUUUGUUUUUGAUGGACCAGCAACUGGUGGUCAAAGUUCCGAUGGAGGACAAAAAACUACAACUACAACUACAACUACAACUACAUCAUCUACAAGCACGAGUAUAACGACUACGACUUCUGUGCCUGAAGAUCAAUUAUUUGCCUGUAUCUCAUCUUGUCCGGUAACAAUAGAAUACAAUCCUGUUUGCGGAACGGACAAUACUGAUUACACUAAUCCAGGAGGACUGGGUUGUGCACAAAGAUGUGGAAAAGAUGUAAAAUUAAACCAUUAUGGACGCUGCUCAAUAGGCAGAACUGGAUAAUUUAAUAUUUAUAUUGAACAAUCUCAAAUUUGAAAUAUAAAACUCCUCUUAAAUUUAUUUAAAUCUUGUGUUUCUGUUAUUUCAAAUUACAAGGGAAUUAUUAUAAAUGUAAGAGGUAUAAGAUUGCUAUCAACUAUAAUAAACUGAAAUAAUUUUUUAAAUUAAA